UCUCCCCUUUGAACUGCUAUACGAUUCGCAAUCAGCUGUGUAGAUCUUUAUCUGGCUAGUGGAGCGAACUACGUGUUUCAUACAGCCGGUGUUUCGGACAUAGGCGUCUUAAGAUCAGCCAAUCUGCGCAGCCUGAUCAGUCGUGUUUUAUUGAACGAACCCGCCCUUCGAUGUCAUACCGCCUGCUUACGGUUGCCUUGUCAUUUAUCUUGUUAUUCACAGAAAGAAAGUCUUGUGGCACAUUUAAAGAGCUUAGUUAUUUCCAUUAGUGGACAAGAGCUCAUUUCUUGUCAUGGAGAAAGCAAAGCAAGAUGCAUUUGACAGAGCCAGACUUCAGGUUAUCAAAGAUGGUUAUGAAAGGGCAUUUGAGUGCAUUAACAAGGGUCUUGCGGCGGAUGAGGCAGGACACAAAGUGGACGCCCUGAAGCAUUACCAGCAGGGACGGCAGCAUCUCCUCCGGGCACUCAGUGUGCCCUCCCGGGGCGAGGAGUGCAUGGGUGCUCCCUGGGACUCAGCCCGGCAGAUGCAGCAGAAGAUGCAGGAGACUCUCAACAACAUCACCACACGAUUAGCAGUGCUGGAGACCAACAUGGCUGCCGCGUCCGCUCACAGCGGACCGACAGACGAAUCAGUGCCCCAAAACCUUUACCCAGCACUCCCCAAAGGCAGGACUAAUAGGCCGGAACCUCAGAAGGGGCCGUUACCUGGCAGCCAGCCUGCAGGAGCUGUGGCUCAAACAAAUUCAGGAGCUCGAGGGGCAGCGCCUGUUCCCCACUCACUGCCAGGCUUCUCAUCUGAUCAGCCCCCAGCCUACUCCCCCCAAGCUGCCGAUGGACACCUCAGUAUUUCCUAUGGCACCGCCACAGGCGAGCUGUCCCUGGUUGGGGAUGAGUUUUACAGCCAAACGUCCAGCUCUGCUGUUUCUCCUCAGAGUCUGGGUGAGGAUGGAGAGGAGCUGUUUUUCCUGCCCCAUGGUGUGCAGAUCUUCUUCGUAACACCUGAUGGACAAGUGAGCGCGCCUUCUUACCCUGGCUACCUGCGCAUGGUUAAGUUCACCAGUGAGUGCUUGGAAAGGGGGCGUGAGAGGCCUCCUGCCUUUCUGCAGGUGUGUGACUGGAUUUACCCCCUGAUGGCCUCUUAUUCCCCGGUCCUGCUGUGCACCACGGGAGUCUACAUGUUCCCUGAUCUGAUGGCUUCCUCCACAGGCUCAUACGUAGGCCUGGUGCUGGCGUCAGAACUGCCCCACGCAGAGCGUGAGCUCUUCCACGACCUUCUGGCCCAAAUGACAGACCUACGAGUCCAGGACUCUGAUGGAGUGGCUGACACCAUUAACCUGGGCCAGAAGGUGCCCAUGGGCCCUCCUGAAGAGGUGGUGCCCCCUACUGAGGAGGACAAGGGGCUUCCGGAGUGGAGUGAGAAAGUAGCGCAUGGAAUCCUUACAGGGGCUUCCUGGCUGAGCUGGGGAUUAGUGAAGGGGGCUGAGUACACGGGGAAGGCCAUCCAAAAAGGUGCAUCCAAGCUGAGGGAACACAUCACCCCUGAAGACAAGCCAUCUUAUGUGAGCCCCACGGUCACCAAGAGCCUCCACGUGGCCAAGCAAGCCACAGGAGGAGCCGUCAAAGUCAGCCAGUUUCUAGUGGAUGGACUUUGCACCUUUGCUGGCCAUGUGGGCAAGGAGUUGGCCCCACAUGUGAAGAAACACGGAUGUAAACUGGUCCCAGAGUCCAUGAAGAAAGACAGUGAAGGUCGCUCCAAUGUAGAUGGUGCCAUGGUAGUAGCGGCAAGUGGAAUUCAAGGAUUUGCAGCUGUGUGGACAGGCUUGGAAGUCGCAGCUAAAAACAUUGCAAAGAGCAUUGCUAAUGAGACAGUCAACACAGUGAAGCAUAAAUAUAGGGGUCUGGGGAACACCUUAAAACCCCCAAAUGAGAACAAGUAUGGAGCAGAAGCAGGCCGAGCCACAGACCACGCUGUCAACUCCGCCAUUAACGUGGGCACCACUGCCUUCAACAUCGACAACCUGGGGGUCAAGGCAGUGGUGAAAAAGACAGGCAAGGAGACUGCCAAUGCCAUACUGAAAGACUACAAAGUCCAGGAGGGACCCAGGAACGAGGGGCCGGAGGAAAAGCGCAAGGACCAAAAAUAGACUCAGGCACGGACAAAACAAACAAAAGAUCCGUGCUCGGACAAGGGCUGCUUAUUAAGAUAUUCAGUUUUCCUGGGUUUACUGUCAAGGCACUGACACAGCUGUACUGCUGGCUUCUAUCCAUGCAUCUCUGGUCAUUAUAUAAAAUGCACUCAAAGGUGUUUUUAGAGAGCUCACUUUUCCAUUAUGUACUGACAUACUGCCUAAGAGAGAGAUUUUUGGGAUGCUUAUUUUACUGUGAUACUUUAGAGUUGUUCUAAAUGGAGACUACAGUCAAGGCUCAGUGACCUGAUCGCACUGCUCACUGAAACCUCUACCACUGGAAGUCAACUUCUCUUCCCUUUUCCCACACCAGCUACAAGUAAUAGUUAAUAUUCCCCACUGAUUAAUGAGCCGUUUUUGGAACCAGGGCACCGUCAUAGUACAUAUUAGUUUACAUUGUCUCUUAUAGAUGGACUUAGAUGGAAAUUAUAGGUACAUCUAUUUUUAAAUUCUGGAGAGCCUUAAUAUGAAUAAUGUUAUCACAGAUUUCUACUGUGUCUAAAUGUUAGAAUGUCUAUAUUUAAAUGCUAUAUUUAUAUACGCAGACUAAUUUCUUCAUCAAGCUUUUGAAAAUGUAUGGUGUAAAUAUAUUUUCAACUAAUUUAGUCCUUAUUUGUGAAGGACGUGUCAUUGCUUGAUAUGUGAGCGGAAUAUUAUUUAUGGACUAGUCUGAUUAUAAGAAACUAAAAGUCAAAUGUUCUGUUAUUUACAAUAGAAUUAUAAUGUUUCUAAGAAUCUAGAAGUAAUAUUUCUAGAUCCUUAAUAAAUAGAAAUGUUUAUAUCAAGUUCUCUGUGAAUGAACUGGCAAGAAGCUACAUAGUGUUAGGACUGACUCUCCUUUUAGUUUUGGUUCAUACUGACUGCAAGUGUCUUAAGGGCUAUAUAAUGUCUCAAUACAAAUCGAGGGAAGCAUUCAAGUGUGUCACAAAAGUUGAUGCAUGACUGGAGAAUUAUUGCCAAAAUAUAGGCUGCAAUGUAAGCUAAUUUUGGUGUGGUUCUAGAUUGUUUUGAUUAUUACUGUCUUAUUACUGCUGUGUUAAAUGCCAUUAUAAAUUAUAUGUAACCACAGGUUUAACUGCAGAUGCUAUAAAGCACUUUACCUAAUCUUAAGUAUUAACAAAAAAAAAAUCAAAUAAAUAUUGAUUUUGAGACACGA